CGUGGAGUCUAAACCGGAUGGCGAGACGUGGGGACCGGAGAUCAGCGUGGCGUGUCACCGGAGUCUGCAUGGGACCUGACGGAGGGGAUGUGGGAGGGAUGCUCACACUCCUCUGACCUCGCCUCCAGUCAGGAAAAGCUGCACUUUCACAUCACUCUGGUGCAAAGAUGCCAAUUUUGGAGAGAGACUCGUCAAGGGACCUGAGCAGCGAGGUUGGGCAGGUCUUGCCCAAGGUCCCGGUGCCGCCACUGAAGCAAACACUUGACACCUACUUGAAGUGUGUCCAGCAUCUGGUGAAGGAGGAGCAGUUCAGGAAAACCAAGGCCAUUGUGGAGAAGUUCGGCGCUCCUGGUGGGACUGGAGAGCUUCUGCAAAGGAAGCUUCUCGAGAGGCGGGAGAGGAUGAAAAACUGGGUUUAUGACUACUGGCUGGAGGACAUGUACCUGAACAACCGCCUGGCUCUGCCGGUCAACUCCAGCCCAGUCAUGGUUUUCCCUAAGCAGACGUUCCGCGAUCCCAAAGAUGCUCUCAGAUACGCUGCUCGUCUUGUCAGAGGAGUGUUGGAGUACAAAGCCCUCAUUGAGGCGCGAGAGCUUGCAGUGGAGUUUGCCCGGGGCCAGCUGGCCGGGACGCCGCUGUGCAUGGAGCAGUAUAACCGCCUCUUUACCUCGUACCGCUACCCGGGUCUGAAGACUGACGUGCUGAAGGUCCAGAUGAAGACAAGCUCCUCGACAUCUGAGCACAUCAUCGUGGCACGCAAAAAUCAGUUUUUUGCACUGGAUGUGGUCAUGAACAACAAACCACUGAGUGAGACAGAGAUUCUGACCCAACUGGAGAGAAUCAUGCUGAUGGCUGAAAAGGCAGGAGAGACACUGCCCCCUGUUGGAAUCCUGACAUCAGACGGAAGAGCGGAAUGGGCCCAGGCCAGGGACAUACUCGUGAAAGAUCAGACCAACAGGACGUCCCUGGCUCUGAUUGAGAGCUGUGUGUGUGUCUUGUGUUUGGACGAGCCCAGUGGCCUCCAGCCCACUGACACCAACAGAGCCCUGCUGAUGCUGCACGGUGGAGGUCCAGAGAAGAACGGAGCCAAUCGUUGGUACGACAAGUCCAUGCAGUUUGUGGUAGGACUGGAUGGUGUGUGUGGGGUCGUCUGUGAGCAUUCCCCGUUUGAGGGUGUGGUCCUGGUUCAGUGCUCGGAAUACCUGGUCAACUACAUUAGCGGGACACCCUCGAAAAGUGCAAGGACCACAAGCGCCAAAGAACUUCCUCCCCCUAGACGAUUGAUCUGGAAAUAUGACGCCAACACACAGAGAAAACUGACAGCUUCUACAGAGCGACUGCAGAGGCUGGUCAACAAUUUGGACAUGGACGUCUUCAAGUUCCGAGAAUAUGGGAAAGAUUUCAUCAAAAAGCAGAAGAUGAGUCCAGACGCCUUCGUGCAAGUUGCCCUGCAGCUCGCCUUUUACAAGUGCAACAGGCGACUCGUCUCCACGUACGAAAGUGCGUCAAUACGCCGGUUCCAGGACGGACGCGUGGACAACAUCCGCUCAGCCACCGCCGAGGCACUGGCCUUCGUCCAGGCCAUGACAGAAGAGCGAUCCCCGUUCACCAAUGCAGAAAAAAUGAAACGACUGAGAGAAGCAAUUGAUGCCCAGACAAACUACACGAUCGCAGCGAUCACCGGGAUGGCGAUUGACAAUCAUCUGCUUGGUCUUCUGAGAACAGCAACGGAGCUUAAACUGGAGAAACCAGAGAUAUUCAGUGAUGAAACCUUUUUGGCCAGUAACCAGUUCAUCCUGUCCACCAGUCAGGUCCCGACAACCGUGGAAAUGUUCUGCUGCUAUGGCCCAGUAGUGCCAAACGGCUAUGGCGCUUGCUACAACCCGCAGUCCGACCACAUCCUCUUCUGUGUGUCCAGCUUUUGGGAGAACACACAGACAAGCUCUGCGGUUUUCGUCAAAGCUCUGCACGAGGCGAUGUUGGACAUCAGAGACCUUUGCAACAGCUGCUGUCCCGCCUCUCCCAAAGUGGCUAACAACAGCCCGGGACCAAGUCGACCACAGCGGCCAGGGAAGUGACGAACCGCACUGAGAAAGCUCACUUAUAUGAUAUACCUCCAUCGGUCUGUGCAAUACUGCUCCUUUAACCACCACAUCGAAGCCUUAAAGUAGUUUAGAACUGUAUAAAUAUUUAUCUCUGAAUUUUACGUAGAUGGAAAUGCUGCUUGACUCAGUAGACUUGGACGACCUCGUCUGCUGCUUUCGGGAAACUAAAGCCAUGGCUGCCUCUCAGUUACGAUCAGAGGUGGCGGAUUUUAAUGUGAUUCUCAUAUAUAAAUAGAGUAGUAGAAGUAUUUGUGAAGAUGAACGUCUGCUGAAAUAACAAUCACAUGUGUGCAAUAGUGCUUGUAUCGGCAUCCCUCCUUGGAGUGUUUUUCGGCAGAGUCCGACCGACGCUACACGGCUGUGGCGAGAAAAACACACCGUGACAGGUAGCUAUCAUUUAAGGUGGCAAAUGCGGAUUAUGAAAACAAUAUGGAGGACCUGAGAGAGAUCAACUUGUCAUCUGUGCUACAUGUAGCAAGGAAUUUGGGACAAUGUCUAUUGGAUUCCCAGCACUGCUCCGACUAAAAAGUUAAUUAGAGCGUGAAGUCAACAGACUCAAACCACCACACCGUUUCCUGCCAAGCUGCAGACUCCCGGGACGAGAUGCACUGGCUGAUGUGGAGCAUUAAAAACUCUCAGAAACACACAAAAAAAAAACUUCAUGAAUCUCAGCACACAAACACCACAAGAAUGAGAUGCAUUAGGUCGGGCUCUGCCAUGUACAUACUAUAGUCUAGUCAAGUCGACAGCGUAGCCACGAACGUUGCCAAAGAGUGAAAUCAGCACUUUAAGAAGAAAACUGAAUGGAGCUGUCACAGCAGGGGGACAGACAGAUGUGUGGUUCCAGUGGCACAUUUGUGAGUGAAUGUUGUCAGUGACUUAGCGUUAGCUACAGUGAUUGUAUUAGAGAUAGUUAGGCGGCAACUGAGGCGACACACUGUGUUCAUGUUCAUUCAGCUACUGUAGAUGUUGUUACCGUGGCUUUAUGGUGCAAUAGAUUUGAAAAGAGUCAGAGUGUAGAUUCUUUAUAUUGGUGUGUGUGUCCAUAUAUUUAAAUAUACAGAAGUAUAAUCCAUGUGUUUAAAGUUCUAUUUUUGUACAUAGAGGUAGGAUGUCGUGUGUUUGUCAUGUGAACCACUCGGCUGAAGACGUGAACUGAAUGUGUGUAUGAGAUGAGGUGGAAACUUGCGGUGAUGUAAAACGGAGUGACAUCAUCAGUAAAUCUGAGACAGUGGACCUCAUAGACAAAACACUGAUUUCUCGCAAUACAUUAAUGUCUUUAGUUCAAAGUCAACUUCUAGGAGCCUCGGGGCAACUCUACAGGUGAAAUUGUAUCUGUCUUUCGGCAGCUCCAAGUAUUUGUGACAAUAGACUGAAUAGAUCAUUGAUCCUAUCAAUGAAAUAAGUUGGGGUUUUUUAUGCGAAAUGAAGCACUUUUGUUGUGUCUAAACAGACUUGACUGGAUUGGACACACAGAUUUUUUUCAGUGAGGCUCAUAACUUAUCAGCAACAAACCAGGAAACGUGCAAAUGUCGUCCCUGACACUUCGCUCCUGUUGUAGAUUGUAUAUCGUCUUAAUCAAUCAAUGGUGCAGGCUCAGAUGUAAAAUUCCAGACUGCACACUGUGUAGCCCAGCCAAACUGAAACCUCAUAAAUCUGUUAAAGAUCUGGCGUGGAUCUAGUCUGCUGACAACUGCUCUCUAUUUAUUCAUUUAUUUAUUUAACUCAAGGUUCCUCGGGUCAAAAAAAUUUCAAUUCAGCCUGCAAAAGACAAAACUAAUCUUAGAAAGUCCUCACAGGAACAACAUACAUGGACCAAAUGCAGCAUCAUUCCAAAGCAGGAAAUUGCAGUAAGGGAACCAGUGCAGGCGGGAAACACCAUCUGUGCAAUGUUGCUCCUUUGGCAUGGUCACCACUUGACACUUGAGUUGUGUUGAGAUGCAGUUACAAAGAGUUGCCGGUCACUGGUGUUUUGAGACUUCACAGUUGCAUGCUGCUUUUGUUCGGUGUCAUUAGGAGUCGUGUACGUGUCAUUUCAGUGUUCAAUGUGAGCUGGAGCAAGACACUUGCUAUCUAAAUUAAUGUGUAUUUUUGAAGACCAGAUGAAGAGAAUACAAAAUGUAUCUGCAUGUUUAUAAGUGUAUAUUGUAUUUUUAUAUGUUCAGAGAUUAUAUGACUUAAUAGAAGUUUUAUUAGAGAGCAUAUGUAAAAAAUAGUUGCCUUAAUAUGAACCUACAGUGUAUAGUUAUCAGUAUUUCUGUGCUGCUGUUCCAGUGACGAAGACAGAGAAUGUAUUGUUCUUGUUUAUUGUUUUCCUCCUCCCUAAAUGUCAGUGAUGAUAUAAAUGCUACCUUCAUCUGUAGUCAUCGUCGACUAGCAUGCCGGCAAGCUCCCAUUCUAUUGGACGUAUUAAUAAAUGUUCAUCUGGUCGCUGUGCCCAAAAUACUUUAAUCUUCACCCGCAAAAGUGAAAAGUGUAAUAAAACUGUCGUGUGGCGGAAAUGGAUGAAGUAAUUUGUCAAAU